AUGGAGAAGGACACCACGGCCGCACACAGGAGGCACCGGCUGGGCCCCGGGGCCCCUCCCUCGGCCGUGAGCCCCGGACACCUCAAGGCGGCCAGCAAGAUGGCUGAGCUCCAGAGGAGCCGGAGUGUGGGCGGCCUGCACCAGAAGGGGGACCCCCCGAGCUGCAUCAAGACGCUGUGCAAGGAGCUAGAGUCUGAAGAUCAGGGGAAGGACCUCAGAAGCGACGCGGAAGAUGCCCGCUGCCAGGCAAACCCGGAGGAAGACGAGCUGGAGCAGCGCCAGGACGCCGCUGGGCAGGUGCAGGGGAGUUGGAAGGAGGCAGAGCCCGAGGCCAGCGGCCAGGAGGAGCCGGACGGCAGGGAGAGCACAGACAAGUGUGCCCUGGAGGCCAAGGAAGGGGAGCCGGAGUCCGUACAGCUGGGUGACCUUCUGCAAAAAGAGAAACCACCUGUGUUUGUGGAGAUUGAUCUGGGAGACCGAGCAGAGGAGGUGAUCACAUGUGCCAUGAAAGAAGAGAAGCGAUCCCAGAUGGACAUGGGGGAUUUUUCAGAGGACGAGACCGGGACCAGCUGGGUGUGCUGCAUCCCAUACUCCACCAGGAAGAAGGUGGGGGAGAGCUCAUAGCAGCCGGGAGAAGGGUCGGCCAGGCCGGGAGGGGCGAGGGACGAAGACAGCUGCCCUGAGAGACGCCACGCAGACCUGGUGCCGUGACCACCCCACGUG